AUGGAACCGCACCCCUACUCCUGCACUAUCCCAGCGGAGCCCUUACAUCGAUAUCGCGUCGGUGGCUACCAUCCUGUCUAUCUGGGCGACUUUCUGAAAGAUGGUCGCUAUAGAAUUAUUCAUAAACUGGGAUUUGGAGGUUACUCAACGGUCUGGCUUGCAAAAGAUGAAGAAUUGCAGCGCUACGUCGCAGUGAAAAUUGCGGUCGCUGAAGUUGGAUUGGAAAGCCGCGAGCUUCAAGUGCUACGAGUUCUUUCUGCUAACAUAUCCACGCACUCCGGCUCCCAACAUGUGGUGCAGCUCCUGGACGACUUCCAGCAUGCGGGCCCGAAUGGUACGCAUACCUGUCUGGUAUUCGAAGUUUUGGGGCCAAACAUUCCGACCGUCAUUGAUGCACGUUUUGCGGAUGGCAGACUCCCUGGGAAGAUUGCCAGAAGAGUGUGCAAACAUGCUCUUUUAGGCUUGGACUUCUUACAUCAGCAUCAAGUCGGACAUGGUGACUUGCAUACGGGCAAUAUUGCCUUCACCCUCCCAUCUCUGGAUCCAAUGCCGGAAGAAGAGGUCUUGAAGCAGCUUCCGACUCCGGAAAUUGGAGACGUAACCCGGUUGGACGGAAAGGCCCUAGGGCCUGGCGUUCCGAAGUACCUUGUUUGGCCAGGCUCUUUCCGAAUAUCCAAGACAACGCUUGAGAAUCCUAUCAAAAUCAUCGAUUUCGGAGAAUCCUUCACAAGGGACACGAGGCCUAAAACUCUUCAUACGCCUUUAGCGGUACGCGCACCCGAAGUCAUAUUUGAGGACGACAUUGACUUCCGGGUUGAUCUAUGGAGUAUGGGCUGCAUGAUAUUUGAACUGGUGACGGGGCAGCCUCCGUUUGACAGCCUCAUGACAACUAAGGAAAUUCUUGUCAGCGAAAUGAUACAGUUCGUGGGCGAGCUUCCCGAAAGGUGGCAGCGUAAGUGGGCUUUGAUGGAAAAAGAAGAAUCUACGGACCCAGACGGCCUUACCCUACAGCUAUGGCUUGAGGAAGUAUAUUUCGAUGAUGAGAAGACUGCAGAUUUCACACGUGAAGACAUAAGGGAACUAGGGGCGCUGCUUCGAAAGCUGUUGCGUUUCCAACCCACUGCACGCUCUACAACUACACAAGUCCUCAAGGACGACUGGUUUCAAAGCCCUCAGCCUGAUUGA